AUGGAUUUUGGAUCGUGUCUUCCUACCAUAGGUACAUCAAAAAGCGCUGGAUUAGAUUUAUACUCAAAUGAGGAUAAAAUGAUAUUGCCAUCUCAACGAAAACUUGUUUCAACUGUAUUAAGCAUUUACAUGCCAAAUAAUUCAUUUGGCUUUAUUGCUCCAAGAAGUUCAUUAGCAGUAAAAGGGAUAGAUAUUGGAGCCGGAAUUGUAGAUUUUGAUUAUACUGGAAUUGUAAAAGUGUUGGUUAUUAACAACAGUAAAUUGGCUUUCAACAUUGCACCUGGAGAUCGUAUUGCCCAACUCAUAGUGUUACCAUACAAAAAGGUUACUCCAUAUAUUGGUUAUAUUCCACAGACUGAACGAGGAAAUGGUGGAUUUGGCUCAACUAAUGCUAUAUAA